AUGGAAGACAGCGAAAAUCAAUACAGCAUCUUUCUUGAACUGCGGCAGCGGUUACAAAGUGGUCUUUUGAUCAUAAGGAAUGAUGUUGCCAAAAGCUCAACCAAUUUAAAAGUGUCUUUCAAAGAUUCCGCCCUGGACAUUCACACGCCCACGGGCACACGACAUGUGGAGCUCCCCCGAGGGAUCAGCCUGGCCGGGGGUUCCUGUCCGGAACCUUCCGGAACCGAAGAAGGAGACGGCCUGCACUUCAGACUGCGUCUGAGGGUCAACAAGCUGUCAGACGCUCGGGGGAGCGUGUUUGAGAAGCUGCGAGCGACAGAGAGUUAUUGCUUCCUCUGCCAAGCUUGUGGUAGCAGGGUGCUUAUGGAGAGGGCGUUCGGACGAGUGCUUCCUCUCCCUAACGGCAACUGGAACGCGCUGGUGGACGACUGGUGCUGUCACCCCGAUCCUUUCGCUAACAGAAAGCUAAUUCCCAGAGCGGAUGACUGCUUGCUCGGGGAUACUUACGUUUUGCUGAGCCGAGACAGAAACGCGGACGAGACCCUCUUUCAGGAAACGCGGGCCGAGGAACCUACGGACGGUGGUCGCGGUCGGGACGCGGCAGGAGAGCACAAACCGAGGCGGAAGGCUGUAGCAGUCGGAUGUAAAAGCUGCGGUUCGUCGUUGGGGGAGGUGGUAACAGAUGAGGUUCUGAAGCUGUACAUAACAGAAGUGGUAGUGAAACAGAAUGAUGAAAGAGAUGGUGAUGUGACAGAAGAGAGACUACGGUUUCUAGAACAUACUCUCGGUGCCAGACUAGUCAAACUGUCAUCCGCCCAGAGCGUCUUCCGCUUCUCCAUCCAGACUCCGGCAAGCAAAGCUCACAUCUUGCUCUGGCUCCUGAACGCAGACACCUUGGUCGCCUGGUUCUCGGACAAAUCCGUCAACGGCGAUGCCCCGGUCUCUACGUCUGACAGCCCUGCUACCGAACGUCAGUCUUGCCUGGCUCAUGGCGCAGUCAAAGUCCUUUACCUCUCAUGCACUCCCAGCAAACACCAAGAUAUUAUAGAUGCUUGGGAGAAGGACAUUGGCGUUCAUCCGUUGACCCUUCCCCUGUCCACCUGUGAGGAGGUGUUGAGGUUGUUAAGGGCCAGUACCUCCUGCCUACCUGCGUCACUCCGAUCCAUGAACUCUUACCAGGUGGCGUACCUGAGACUAUGAAGUCAUAGACUACAGUGAGAAGACAUCUCUGGUU